CGGCUCGUUCCGGGAGCGGCCUUCGGCUGUCUCGGGCCGCAACCAGAACAAUGUUGGUAAUGCAGAUGAUGUACUUAAAUUGAACACUUUAAGAGCCUUUACGCUUUCUCAUGGCAGAAUUUUGUGGAUCACACUGAAGGAGUUAGUGGGGCCCCUUUGCUUAGAAAAUGACCGUUGCACUAUAGGGGACCUAGGGGUGCAGAAAAGAAACUUUCUUGCCCAGAAUUUUGGAGUAAAAAGAUAUUUCAUUCAACAAUGGCAGGAAAAUCAUCACUUUUUAAAGUAAUUCUCCUUGGAGAUGGUGGCGUUGGGAAGAGCUCUCUUAUGAAUAGAUAUGUCACUAACAAAUUUGAGAGCCAGUUAUUCCACACAAUAGGGGUGGAAUUUUUAAAUAAAGACUUGGAAGUGGAUGGACACUUUGUUACUAUGCAGAUUUGGGACACAGCCGGUCAAGAACGCUUUAGAAGCCUGCGAACACCAUUUUACAGAGGUUCUGACUGUUGCCUUCUUACUUUCAGUGUAGAUGACUCUCAAAGUUUCCAGAACUUGGCCAACUGGAAGAAAGAAUUCAUUUAUUAUGCAGAUGUCAAAGAGCCUGAAAGCUUUCCUUUUGUGAUUUUGGGUAACAAGAUUGACAUAAGUGAAAGACAGGUUUCUACAGAAGAAGCUCAGGCCUGGUGCAGGGACAACGGCAACUAUCCUUACUUUGAAACAAGUGCAAAAGAUGCCACAAAUGUUGCAGCAGCUUUUGAGGAAGCUGUUAGAAGAAUUCUUGCUACUGAGGAUAGGUCAGAUCACUUUAUUCAGACGGAUACAGUCAAUCUUCACCGAAAGCCUAAGCCCAGUUCAUCUUGUUGCUGA